GACGAGCCUGACGACGACGAUGCCAGCGAUUCGGGCUUGGAUUCCGAGUCCGUCUACUCGGAAAGCACCUCGCUUAGUUCUUCAGUGACCAGAUACCGCGAGGAGAAUGGUCGUCGUUACCAUUCCUACGGUACUUUUGUUCCUCAUUCUCUGUCGCCCUUCAGCCCGGCUGACAGAUAAAGGAACCAUCGAGCAUUGGGGCCCCAACGAUGAACAGGCUCAGGAACAGCAGGAUUUAAGUCACCACCUCUGGACUCUCAGUCUCAACGGAAAACUCUAUCUCCCUCCGAUCGACCAUCUCCAGGACGUCUUGGAUAUGGGAACUGGCACCGGAAUUUGGGCCAUGGACAUGGCCGAUGCUCACCCCGAAGCCACCGUCAAAGGCAUCGAUCUCUCCCCCAUCCAGCCUUCCUGGAUCCCUCCGAACCUGAAAUUUGAAGUCGACGAUUAUAACCUUGAAUGGCUUGACCACAACAAAUUUGACCUCAUCCACGCUCGCGAGUUGCUGGGUACGGUUCCUAGCUGGCCGGAGAUGUACCGCAAAGUAUUGGGCGCCCUCAAACCCGGUGGCUGGUUCCAACAAGCCGAUCCCCAGAUUUUGUUGACGUCUAGCUACGACACUCUCGGUCCCGACCAUAUUUAUCACCAAUGGAAUCCUCUCCUUCUCGAUUCCGGAAAAAAGGCUGGCUUGGACUUUGACUCGGCCCCGCGCAUGAAAGGCUGGCUCGAGGAGGCCGGAUUUAUCAACGUGACUGAAUAUAGAGUUCCGUGGCCGAUCGGGCCGUGGCCCAAAGAUCCGCACCAACGCGAAAUCGGCGCCUUUAACCAAGUUCGUAUCGAACAGGGCGUCGUGGACUUUUGCGGACGUCGCUUCACCAACAACCUAGGAGUAUUUGCCGCGUCAAUGCGGUCGGCUGUGAAGAACAACAAAUUGCUGGCCCAUCAUUAUGUGUGGUUUGCCUAUGGACAGAAACCCCCUGCGUCGCAUUAAAUCGAUUAAGAUACCAACUGCAUAUAUGGCUUUGUAUAUAUAACUUGCAUACGAAGCGCAGAGUUCCUUUUGUGCAACUGGGGAAGUAUUUUAGGGAUCAACGAACCCAACUUCAAGCUCAAGUGGCUUGACAUGGCAUGCCAUUCCAACUCUGGAAUGACUUUAGUGUGCCCAGCAACACCCGCAUUCCACGCAUCGCCAGGCACUAUCCCGG